UAGUAUCUAUGCAAUGGCGUCUGUUUGGAAUUCUAAACAUUUGUUUAUCAUUUUAGAAAGAAAAUAAUGGGCUUUCACUCCAAAGAUGAGACGAAAAUUCCAAACGUCGAUUUGUCUUUAAAAUGAGAUUAGUUUCCUCCGAAAUGGCUGCAAUCGAGAAAGUGGGACGGCCACCAUCAGCUCAUGCAUUGAAAGGGUUGAAGGCUCAGAGUAGAGGUGUACAUGCUAACAGUACCCCAGUUUACAAGACACAGUCAGAAACCUCUAUCUUACCAAAGCCACCAAAUGUACUGGAGAGGGGAAUUAAUAGGGCAAGAAGGCUAUCCACCAGUGCAGGGAUGAAGCCAGUUAAAACCCUAGAUGACGUCUCUGAUUUACUGACAAGUGAGGUGGUAAAAAAUGUGGUUGUUGUGGCAGGGGCCGGAAUUAGUACCCCUAGUGGCAUUCCAGAUUUUAGGACACCAGGGACAGGAUUGUACGACAACCUCGCUCAGUAUCGUAUCCCUUACCCAGAGGCUAUAUUUGACAUAGAUUAUUUCCACCAUAACCCAAAACCAUUCUUCACCCUGGCUAAAGAACUCUACCCAUCAGGGAAAUACAGACCAAACUACAUACACUACUUCCUGAGGAUGUUGUAUGACAAGGGCAAAUUACUCCGCAUGUACACGCAGAAUAUCGAUGGUUUAGAGAGAUUGGCAGGAUUACCACCAGAGAAGUUAGUAGAGGCUCAUGGGACAUUUUCCUGGGCUACAUGUACAAUAUGUGGUAGUAAGAAAGAAGGUUCAGAAGUCAAGGAAAGCAUUUUCAAAGACAGAUUACCUAAAUGUGGCAAAAGAGGCUGUCCUGGUAUUGUAAAACCUGAUAUUGUGUUCUUUGGAGAAGACUUACCACAGAGAUUUUAUUUGUACCUCAGAGACAUGUUACAAACUGAUCUAGUCAUUGUUAUGGGAACCUCAUUAGAGGUGCAGCCAUUUGCAGGUAUUAUAGAUACUGUGAAGUAUGGUGUACCACGUGUGUUAUUUAACUGGAAUGCUGUUGGUCCAUUUAAAAAUGGUAAACGGUCUCAGGAUGUUGUAGCAUCAGGUGAUUUAAUUGGUAGUGUACAGAAGUUUGCUGGAAUUACAGGAUGGAAGUCUGAAAUUGAACAACUAAUUAUACAGAACGAAGGGUCACUUCUUAUAUGUUCUCCUGAAUAUGCUAAAAGAGCAGCUAACAGACCAAAACAAAAAGCUACAACACAACCUAUUACAAAUGCUUUUUGGCGGAGGCGUAUGGAGAGUUCUUCUGACGAAUCUUCUGAUUCAGAGACAGAAUCAUCAUCUGAGAGUAGUUCUGAUGAAGAUAAACGAUAUAAGAGUGAAUCCUUCAGAAGACGAGGAGUCAGAAGUACUGGAUCAAUGAAAAACAACAUGGGAACUGCAACAAUUAAAAAUGGACCUAAUCGUCUUCUAAAUGAUAUUAAGAAAAAUGGCCCAAAUAAUAAUGGACAAAAAAGGGAUUUUUCAACAAGGAUUCCUAAUACAAGAUCACCAGCACCAGUGAAGUUAGACAAGUAUCUGUCAGGGAGAAAUAGUGCAAUGACAACACGGCCUCCUAAUGGUAAAAUUGGUAGUGCAAAAAUUACACAAGUCAAACCAGUGUCGACUGCUGAGAAAAUAAAAACAUCUCCAGAAAAGUUGGCACCAUUACCUAUCAAAACGAUCAAAAAUAUGGAGAAAAAUGUUCCGUCAGGUAGACCAAAACUAUUGGAGAAAAUAUCUUCAAUAAAUAGUGAGAACAAAUCUGCAAGUAAGAAAGUUAAUGACACCUCUAAUUCUGUGGUGAAAGAAAAGUCUAUAGAAACAGCGGUUAAUUUAACUGACAACAUAGUGCCCUCUUUAGAUCGAACUGUAUCUGAACAGGAAAGCAAAACUACUGAUGUGAUUAAAGAGUCAACCACCAAUGAAAAACCUCAUUCUGGUAAUAGUGAUGUUAUAAGUAUUCAAGUACAAAAUGAUGUUCAAAGUGUCAAGGAUGGUAUUAAACAAUUAACAUUAUCAGAUUACAGUAAUAUACAUUUAAAUAAUUCAGUAGUUGAAAAUGUGGUCAAAGAUGUGGUCAACUCAUGUUCUGUAAAUAAAAAGACAUUGCCAUCUGAUAUACUUCUAACCACAAGAAGUGAACCUGCUGGUUUUACAAGUUCCAAAAAAAUAGACUCCAUUAUCUCUGAUGAGAGUAAAAGCAGAGCUGAUAAAAUUAAAACAAUAAAAUCUGCUCUUGGUACAGGGUUCCAAAAAUUGAUUUCAACAACAAGUGCUAAGGAGGACAGUAAGAGAGGAAACGUUAAAAAAACAGAGAGGUUCAAAAGAUCAAAAUCAGAAAAGAAUAUGCGCAAAAAAGACAAGACUGAAAAGAAACGUUCAGCAUCUGCAAAGGCCAAAGUCAAUCUGAAAUUGAUACAUAAUAGAUAUGCUAAAAAUUCCACAUCUGAAUCCCCCCAGGAAACCAUUGGUGAGGAUGAGAGUGAAGUACCUCCUAAUUCUACAAGGUCUCUUUUGAAUGACCAGUCUUACAUUAGUUUAAUCGGAACACUUGAACGUGAAAAGCCACUUGAUUUGAAUCAGAAUGCCAAUGCUGUGAGUGAUAUUCUAAAAGAGAAGGAAACAGAUUCACCCCAGAAUCAAGAUUGUACCUGUACAGAAAGUGCCCAGGUUGACACUGUUGUUCAACAAGUAGAGAACUUAACACUGAAACAAACACUGCCAGAUGAAAGUCAGAUGUGUUCAGAUUCAGAAAAAAGAUUUGAAAUUCGUAAAAAACGGUUAUUUAAAAAACCACCUAAGCAUAAAAAGAAAUUUGAUGAUACCACUAAAGACUUGAUAAAUACAUUAAAUCCUGUACCUUAUGGCUAUGCUUCCCCUCGUUAUAAGAGGUUAACCAAUAGGUCAAUGGCACCUCCCAAUGUAUGUAGUGGAUAUGAACUUCCAACAGAAUAUGUCAGCCCAGAACUUUUACAAAAACUUGGUUCUGGAAAACAUGUCAAGUUAGCAUAUAGACAUAGUUUGAACUCUUCAUCGCCUGUAGGGUCAAGGGUCAUAGUUAGAGAAGAUUCAAGUAACACUGAAAUUGUUGAAAAAGCUGUUGAUAUAUGUCAGUAGCACUGUAGUGUCGUAUUUAAUUUGUUUAAUAUUUAUUAUGGAGGAAAUCUAUUCAUUGGUUGUCUAUUUUUUGUAGCAGGGAAUAAAGUAUUAACUGAAAUCAUUGUGAUACAAAUGUAUUUGUGCAAUCAGAUUUGACUAACGGUAGUAUAAAACAACUUCAUUAUGUCUUGAUACAUGUACUACAUAAACAUGAUAUUUUCUGAAUGCGAGAUAGUUUUAUAAAACUUUUUUAUGAGGUCUCAUUAUCAACUGAAAUGUCUGAAAAGUUAUCCCUUUCUGUAAUGUUGUACUAAGAAAUGACCUAUAUAUGCUUAAAUUUUUAUUGAUACUACUGUCUCUUUCAAUAAAUCAGAUGAUUCAAAAUGUGGAAAAUCUAUGUAAUGAUGAAAAGGCAAAAUACUGAUGAAUUUAGAAUGAAUUUAAUCUAUUUGUACUAUUUCUUUGGUUUUUAAUGCAAUCCAUGCAAUUGUAAUAAAUUUCUAGUUUAAAUAUUCCUCAAAUAAGAUCUGCGAUAAUAGUUAUCAAAGGUAUCAGGAUUAUAAUUUAGUACGCCAGACGCGCGUUUCAUCUACAUAAGACUCAUCAGUGACGCUCAUAUCAAAAUAUGUGUAAACAGGUAAAGCCAAACAAGUACAAAGUUGAAGAGCAUUGAGGAUCCAAAAUUCCAAAAAGUUGUGCUAAAUACGGCUUAGGUAAUCUAUUCCUGGGAUAGGAAAAUCCUUAGUUUUUCAAAAAAAAUCAAAUUUUUGUAAACAGGAAAUUUAUAAAAAUUACCACAUUAUUGAUAUUCAUGUCAACACCGAAUACUGGGCUGGUGAUACCCUUGGGUACAAAACGCUUUUAAAAUCCUUAAAUGUGACAAAAUUUAUGAUUUAAUGGAUGUUGUUCAAUGUCAAGAUACUAAGAUCAUGUAUGAAUAACAUGGAGAAACUACAAUUUAGGCUAAUUAAUUGUCUCUAAAACAUAGAUAUUUAAAUGUCUACAAUCUAUGUAUUCAAUUACCCCAGUAUUGCCUUUUUCUUUUGAUAAACAUAGUACUAUACAGUUCAUUUGACUUCCACAUACAUGUGCUUGGAAAUAAUUUACAACACAGUCCCUGCUCAAUUUCUCAUUCAAACUUUCAUUUACAUUUAUGAAUAUUAUGGACAAAAUAAUCUUCAAAAUAUACCUUCGUCAUUUUGAACAGUAACAACAUUUUAAUUAGGUUAUGUUAAAUAAUUGCACUUGUAGUAAAAUUCAUUGUUAAAAAUUCCCGGUACUAAUCAAGUUAUUUUUAGAAAUCAAACUUUUACAUUUUUUAUAUAAGGAUUACCUCAUUUUAGAUGUAUAUUAUAUUAAUUUAUUUGGUGCUGGAUCAUUUUUGUUUAACAUUGUACAUCUUCCUAAUAAGAUCAACCAAUCAGAAAAUAGAGUACAAGGAAUGUACCAAAUAAUAAAUUUUAACCAAUGAAUAACAUUGUCACAAAGUAUUGAUUUGCAUUUCCAAUAACUUGGUUUGGUUAACAAUAUGGCCAGUUAAAAUUAGAUUUUCUUUGUAUUUGUUGGAACUGAACAAACUGGCUUUAAUAUGUGAAAUUGUUGUAACGACAUCAAAAGUGCAGGAAGUUUAGUUGGUAUUCUUUCAAGAACUGAUGUGUCAAUAGAAAUUUAAAUUCUAAUUGAUUAUUAAAGUUGUCAACUUUACAAAUUAGAAAUUUAAUAAAAUUAUUAACCACAACAACAAAAUCUUA